AUUUUCCACUCACAGCCAGGCAUUUCAUUUCAUUCCAUUUCGCCCUGCACUUUUUACUUUCUGGCAAACUCAUUUUUUACACUCUCCCGCGGAAAAUCAAAAAAGUAAGUCUCGGAACCCUCCGGCAGACGAAUAGGAAAUCAACUGCAACCGAAUCCAUUCCGCCGACAGUAUACUUUCCCCAUAAACAUACAAACUUGAAAGCAACUAGCGGCAUUUGCGAUUUUGCAGCAUGCUUAGGCAGUUUAAGAUGCCAUCUGCUCAGCAGACCCAAAAGAUAGUCAGAAGUGUGUGCUAUGAUUCCCAUCGCCUCAAGGAGCAGUUCCUCGUCCAAGACGGGGAGUCCCCCUCGAAUCCCGAGGAUGUCGACCAGGACAAGGAGCAGCAAGCCCCGGCGGGGCCACGCCCCCGCACGCCCCUGCACAAUCCGCUGAGUCGACGCCACACUGUAAACAGCUCCCGGCUGCAGUACAUCAACGACAAGUACAAGGAGCUGGCCAACGAGGUGGAGCUGCGCAAACCCAAGGCCAAGCCCUUCGUGACCCGCCACGCCCUCCAUUCGGGGCGGUUCGACAAGUAGGAAGUGUGGUCCUCGGAUCCCAAGGAACCCACUGGCCCACGGUGACCCUGGGACACCUCCCAUUCUGGUUUAAUGCCGCAAAUUAUUCAACGCAUGUCUUUUCUUUCGACCGUCAAAACACAAGUACAAUGCUGUGGAAAACGGCCAAAUAUUCAAUUUAAGUUUGAUGGCUUAAUAAACGUGACACAUACGGAUGGCA